UUGAGCUGCUCAGUCUGUCAUUGCCAGUGUUUGGGCGACGUGGAGCUUCAGUUGGAUACAUUGAGUUCAUUUUAUUGUUGUUUUCUUAACAAAGUGUUUAUUUUGUUGCGCUUAUAACGCAUUUACUAUCCAAAACUCGGGUUAUUAUUAGUAUUUUUUUAAUCGGAAAGCACUUUAUUAUUUAAGGAAAAGAAAAAAAAAGUCUUGAGAGUGAAAUAUUCUUCCAGAAAUAGCUCUUGGACAUUUUGGGAAAACUGAGUAAACUGGACUAAAAAUAAAGCUCAUGUAGCGUCAAACAUCCGGUUUUGGGUUAUUUUGGUAGCCAGGCAGCUUGUUUACAGACUCAUACAAGUGAUUAAGAGCAGAGCUAUUUAUUAAAAAGCAAAAGGAGGGAAGAGACAUGGGUUUGCACCCGUUGGAGUUCAGUGAGUGUUACCUGGACAGCCCGGGUUUCAGGGAAAAAAUUAAAGCUCAUGAAGCAGAGCUGGACAAAACCAACAGGUUUAUUAAAGAGCUUUAUAAAGACGGCAAAAACCUCAUCAACGCCACCAAACAGCUCUCUCAGGCCCAGCGUAAGUUUGCUCAGUGUCUCGGUGAGUUCCAGUUUGAGUACAUCGGGGACGACAAGACUGAUGAUGAGAAGUGUAUUGAUGAGUCUUUACAGGAGUUUUCCUCCUUCCUCAGAAACCUGGAGGACCAGAGGGAGCUGAUGAUGGCGAACAUCACCGAGACACUGAUGAAACCUCUAGAGAAGUUUCGGAAAGAGCAGCUGGGUUCAGCCAAGGCAGAGAGGAAGAAAUACGAGAAGGAAACUGAGAAGUAUUACACGUCUUUGGAGAAGCUGUUAAACAUGUCAGCAAAGAAGAAGGAACCACAGUUACAAGAGGCGGAUGUGGCAGUGGAGACACUGAGGCAGCACUUUCAGGAGGAGUCUUUGGAGUACGUGUGCAAGCUACAGGAAAUCCAGGAGAGGAAGAAGUUUGAGUGUGUCGAGCCUAUGCUGGCUUUCUUUCAGACCGUGUUCACUUUCUACCAUCAGGGAUUCGAGUUGGCCAAAGACUUCGACCAUUACAAAAGAGCCCUGCAGAUCAAUAUUCAGAACACACGGAGCCGUUUCGAGGGAACACGCUCGGAAGUGUAUGAACUGAUGAAGAAGAUAAAGCAGGCUCCACACGAAUACAGACAGACCAGCCGCAUCAGCAGCGAGGGCUACCUCUACGUCCAGGAGAAACGUCCUCCUCCGUUUGGCUCCAGCUGGGUGAAGAGGUACUGCACGUUCGUCAAGGAGCAGAAAAUCCUCCACAUGCUCACAUACGACCCCAAAUCCUGCGGCAAGUUUGGUGAAAACGAAUCUGUUACGCUCAAAUCCUGCGUGAGGAAAAUGACAGACACUCUGGAUCGCCGAUUCUGCCUGGAUAUAGAGACGACAGACCGCCCCGGCAUCGUGCUCACAGUCCAGGCCAUCUCUGAAGAUGACCACAGGUUCUGGAUGCAGGCGAUGGGAGGGAAAGAGCCGGUUCACCAUCUUGGGAAAACGUAUUCAAAAGAAAGAGGAAUUGAUGCCCUGCUGGACGAUGUGGGUGUGAAUUUUGUGAGGAAUUCAAUCAACGCUAUUGAGGCGAGAGGGAUCAAUGACCAGGGCUUGUACAGAGUGGUCGGGGUCAGCUCCAAGGUCCAGAAGCUCCUCAGUCUGAUGAUCGAUGAAAAGAGCAGUGACGUGGACUUGGCCGUGAGUGAGGACUGGGACGUGAAGACCAUCACGAGCGCUUUAAAGCAGUACCUGAGGAGUCUUCCUGAGCCGUUAAUGACGUAUGCCCUGUAUAAGGAGUUCAUCAUCCCUGCAAAGAGCGCGAGUCCGGAAUCCCGCGUUCAGGCCAUCCACUGUUUGGUGCACAGGCUGCCUAAGAAGAACCGAGAGGUGUUGAGUUUGGUCACCAAACAUCUCGCCAAAGUGGCGGACCACAGUAAGCAGAACUUGAUGACGGUAGCGAACCUGGGCGUGGUGUUCGGCCCCACCCUCAUGCGGCCUCAGGAGGAGACGGUGGCGGCCAUCAUGGACCUCAAGUUCCAAAACAUCGUCGUGGAGAUUCUCAUCGAGCAGCACGAGAAGAUAUUUGGAGAUGCUCCGGGCGUUUGUCCAUCCUCGACUCCCUCUGUGCUCACCGCUCCAACGCGUCAGUCUAAGAAGCAGGCACGCCAGAACCGCCCGCUGGCUGUGUACAACCCUACGGACAUCCACACAGUGGCUCCGUCCUCUGAGAACGUCUCUCUGAACCCUGAUGAAGCCUCUCUGGGCAGUAAUGAGUCCGUAUCCUCGCAGUCCUCCUCGGCAUCGACCUCAGAAACUUCCCCGCCGGAGAAGUCCAAGAAUCCCCAUGGCAACACCGUGGCCACUGCACAGAACUCUGGAGGGGGAGCAGGCAUGGCAUCAUGGAUGAACUCCACUCCGACUUCUUUAACUCCUCACGCUGAAGCUGCACAUACAGAAGCAGCAAGCAGAGGACAGACGGACAAAUCUGCAGAAAGUGUCACUCUUAUGAAAGCCAAGGCUGUGUACCCCUGCGAAGCCGAGCACGAUUCCGAACUCUCCUUCCAGGUCGGAGCAAUCUUCCACGCUGUGACUCCGUCCCGGGAACCCGGCUGGUUGGAAGGAGAGCUGGAGGGCAAGCGAGGCCUCAUCCCUCAGAAUUACGUGGAAAUACUACAACAAGUGGACUAAGCUAAAACAAGAAAGGAAAUAAAUAAACAAACGGGAAUUGAAUAUACAUGGUAUCCAUGGUGCAGCCUUGACCUCUUCCCCAGCUUCCUUUUCUCCGUCUGUUCCAUCAGUGACCCGUCGAAGGUAUUUCUAGGGGUAGGUGUGGCAGCGUUCACGCUCCUCUAACCUUCGUCCGCUUUAAAAGCAAAAGCUUUUAAGCACGGUUUCAGAUCCUCUCCCCCCCCUGCAUGUUUUUUGAGUUUGAGGUUUUUAACUAGAUCUAGUGCAUGGGUGUAUAAUAUUUUAUAUUAUUUAAUUAAAGCCGUUCGUUUGAUUAACGUGUGUAUGUGUGUUUGAACUCAAUACGGUGUUAUAUAAACGCUCAAAGACGGCGUAGCUUUGUAAAGGUUCAAGUUUGAAGCACUCCGGCGUAUGGUGACGUCGAGUCACGUAUUCGUUCCGACGAUUUGUUUUUCCGAGUUAAAACGCUGUGCCUUAAUCUCACGACGCUUUUUGUGGCUUCGACGCUGUCCAGGAAUCUGGAUGGAGUUUUAUUUUUACAGUAUGUAUGUAUGUAUGUAGUGAAGAACUGUGUUUUUCUAUUUUCUAUGCAAAGAAAUGACUCUUAUAUCAUCAGAAUUUAAUGCUAAAUAAACCGACCAUUUCAAGAUGGCUGUAAAUGCAGUAUUGCCAAGUCUUAUCCACACAGUCAUGUGUCUUUUUUAAAUUUUUAUUAUUAUUAUUAUUAUUAUUAGCGUUAUUCUCAAAAGGACGUUAAAGCCCAAGUGCAUCCAGAGGUGGUUUGGACAUUUAGUCUUUCAUGCCACGAUGCAAUUUCUUUUCUCUUUCUCCUUUUUUUUUCCUUUCAUCCCCCUUAUGGUGUACAUUUGUGACUGAGCACCAUGGCAGUGAUUUAUGACUUGGCACUGCUGAUUUUUUUUUUUCCAUCUUGUUGGAGAAGCUGUCAAUCAAAGUUAAACAAAUAAAAGCUUUUUAUUCCUC